ACGACCAUCUGCCUUCAUCAUGGCUCCGUUCAUCUACUUUAGCCGAGAGGAUGAGAGAUCUUUCGCAGAUGUCACUGAGACCGAUAUUGGUGUCGACACGAAAGAAUUCUUGGAGGCUGCUACGGGUGUUGUCAGGAUCAUUGAGCUUCUUAAAUCGAUCACAUUCAAACCUGUCUUAGAUGACCUAAACGGCAAUAUCACUAAAGUCAAAACCCGUUACGAAGCUAAACCGGAGAAAUCUGCCACGCUAGAAGAGCUUGUCAGAAACGAGAUAGCUGAGGGAAGUACCACGGCCACGCAAGGUCUACUCUGGCUUACCCGAGGGCUUAUGUUCACAAGUGGCGCACUCAAGGCCUGUCAAGCAGACGCAACCUUGAAGCUCUCGGAGGCUUUUCAAUCCUCAUAUGGCGAUACACUCAAACCAUUCCAUGGCUUCAUUGUGAAGGGUAUAUUUAGCGCGGCCAUGCGAGUCUGCCCGACGAGGGAACUUUUAUACGAGGACCUGAAAAAGGACCAGGACGGUGGGCCAGCUGCGACACAGGAAGAUCUUAACGAAAGGCUGAACCAAUGGGUGGAUGCUCUUGAACGAAUCGUAACCAGAAUCGACCAAUUCCUUGAAACAAACAACUACAAAAAGGGUCUCUAGAUACUGUAUACUAGUAGGUUUGAGCGGUUAAGGAGGCGCCGACGCAAAAUCCUCCGUGGACACUUAGAAGACCUUCGGGAUGUCAUUGGCGCCAUCUUCUCUUCCUCUGAUAUUACCGUGAGAGGGACAGACAGCUUCUUGAGCCGCUUCCAUGAACAUCCUAGGCAAGUAGGUCCUCAACGGCCCUUAGUAUAUUUCACUCCUUGCACAAAACAUCGGAAUCUUCUCUUGCGGAAAGCAGAUUUUCCUAUCUAACCUCGGGCGCUCUAUUAGUAGAGUCCAUGGACGAAAUUGCACACGUUGCGCCGCGAUGGCGUGCUAUUCCCGACAAAGACGCUAUCGCGCCGCCCUGCUGGAAGCUCAUAUACGAAAGAGAAAAGAAAGCCCCACCUAAAGUUUAGUGACUGCUUUUAUUAAUAGGUUUGCAUGGAAGGCGCAUCUGAACUUGAAAAGAGAAAAAAUAAUCUUGUGAUCAAGCUUUUGGUCACAGAAAGUACCGACCCUCUCCCGCCUUCUGCUUCUCCCGCACACAAGUUUGAGCAAAGUUCUAGUCCUUCCAUGCGUUUCCCUCGUCCUAGAUUACCCGACUAUCCCGCUUUACGACGCAAGAUCCACCCUAUCCUCCCAGAGCCAUCCUCUCCCAGACAAGUCGAUUCUCUCGCCCGUGGAGGAAUUUGUAAUGAUGCGUUUCUUUCUUUGUCAAGGGAAAAAACGAGGAAACGCGCAUGGCGCUUUUGCCACGGCAUUCGUGCUCGGAUCCGCGGGCGCGUUUCGUGUCCUGAUAACACCCAUAGGGGGAAGAGAAGUAGAUCAUGAACAAAACGUUGUUGAAUCACAUUUCGUGUACAAGAAUAAAACGAGAUUCAGGGCGCAGGCGCGCGCGUCUGCCAGGUGGAGAGCAGCUAAUGGACCGCGGCGCAUCCAACCCCUUCCCCCUGUCCCCUCACUCUGGCCCAGCUUCGGAGGAUAAAGUUUUCGAAGAUCUGCCGCAUAAGCUCCAAGAGAAAAGAGUUACCAUUUAGCCUUCCAGCUAAUCUAUUCCAGUACAUCAGCCACGGCGUUCAAUCGCCCGCCGCCCGCCGCCUGAGGAUUAACCAAAUGAUCCCGGAUCCACGCUGCUGGGCUCUAGCAUUACAUUCAUGAUCCUCUGCGAGUGAAUAAGGGCAUGCUGGAGAUGACAGGACCAGGAGCUAGUUAUAACAAUAAGUCAUAGAAGUAACUGCAAGCCGGAAUGCCCGGAUCGGCUGCACAGGGGAAACAAUGAAAAUGCGGAGAGUGAGGUAAGUCUACCUUAUCAUAUCUUACGGAAUUAUUCGGUGAGUAGCUAGUGCUAUUUGGGUCUAAAAACUCCAUUCUGGCGAUGUACAGUAGAUAUCCAGAAGUACGAACACCAGACGUACUGCGAUGGUACAACCGUCCGAGCCGGAGAUCGGAAGGCUGUGCCCGUAACGCUGACGGAUACGGCGAAGCCGAACAUGAACCAACUAUUAACCAGAGUAGUAUGGCAAUGAAUCCGCGGCGAAUUCAUUAAUUUCAUCUCUAACUCAUCCGAGAGUCUUCCAUUUAUCAUCUGUAUAUUGCAAUCACGGUUUGCCACACAACUGCGCUUAAGCGUGAUUGAGUUCGGUCAAAAAUCGAAGGUUACUACUGAUAUUCAACAGAAGACGAGGGUACUCACCAAUAAGAGCAAAAGGCGCGGAAGAGCAUAUACCCGUAUCAUUGGCCCGCUGGAUCCAGGAGGUUUGCAAGAAUCUUACCGUAUUCAUUUCGCCUGGAGCUCAAAUUGCUCCAGGAGCAUUCCCUCCUGCCACCGCCGAGCUCCGACGCGACAUU